AUGAAAUUCACCACGGCAGGCCUCUUGGCCGCAACUUUUGCCUCCACUUCGCUCGCCCGUAUCCUCCCGGCGACGAACGGCGGCCUUUCAGAUCAGGCCAUUGCCCAACUAACAAAAGCUCAAGGCAAGCCUGAAGGCGAAAAUCUCGACAGACUUGACGGUGUCGACGUGAAUACCAUUCCUGGAACACCCAAUGGCGUCAGUCGCGCUGCUGUCGCACCAAACGCCGCUCCUAUUGGCAAUGCUGGCUGGACUGCCACUGCCGACAGCUACCAGCCGGGCAAUGAACCUCAAAAUGCGAUCGAUGGCAAUGCCAACACUCUUUGGCAUACACCAUGGGGUGCGGAUGGCAAGGGUCUCCCCCAUUACCUCCUGAUCGACAUGAAGAAGAACUACCUCAUCAACAGUAUUGCCUAUCAGCCACGCCAAGACGGCUCUGGUAACGGGAACAUUGGAGGUCACACCAUCCAGCUGAGCACAGACGGUGUAACUUUUGGGUCUCCGAAGGUGCUUGGUACAUGGAAAGAUGAUGCGCAGACCAAGACUUCCAUCUUCGAAGCCACCACGGCUCGAUUUGUCAAAUUGACGGCUACUACAGAAGCUGGUGGUCGUGGUCCCUGGUCCAGCGUUGCCGAGCUGACGAUUUAUCAAACCACGACGGCAGCACCACCGUACAAUGGCAUUUCCGGAGGCGAGUGGUCACCUACCAUUGAUUUCCCCAUCGUACCCGUUGCUGCAGCGAUGGAGUACAACAGCGGAAACAUGCUCACUUGGUCUUCAUACGCUGCCGACACUUUUGGAGGACCAUCAGGUGGCAAGACUCUCACUUCGACAUACUACCCAGCAUCCCAAACCGUUGGUCAGCGCCUGGUCGCUGAGACGGGUCAUGAUAUGUUCUGCCCUGGUCUAAACAUGGACUCGCGCGGCCGCGUUUUCGUCACCGGCGGUAAUGACGCGCCCAAGACCAGCUAUUACACUCCUAGCACCGACGGCUGGACGACCGGCCCUCAAAUGAAUGUCGGGAGAGGUUACCAAGCGCAAUGCACGCUGUCUGACGGCCGAACAUUCGUGAUUGGUGGAUCUUGGUCCGGCGGCACGGGUAACAAGAAUGGUGAAGUCUACAGCAUCUCACAGAACGCAUGGACUAGCAUUCCUGGCGCUGCAGUUGCUCCUAUGCUCACCAACGAUGCUCAGGGUGUUUACCGUGCUGAUAAUCACGCCUGGCUCUUUGGCUGGAAGCAAGGUUGGGUUUUCCAAGCUGGGCCUUCCAAGCAAAUGAACUGGUACAAUGCCAACGGAAACGGUGCUACCAACUCUGCGGGCAAUCGUGCCAAUGACAAUGACGCAAUGUGCGGUUGCGCCGUCAUGUACGACGCAGUGGCAGGAAAGAUUCUUACUGUCGGUGGUGCCACGAGCUAUCAAAAUGUCGACGCGACUGCCAAUGCCGUCACGAUUCAAAUCGGUACUCAGGGUCAAGCCGUUCAAUCUCAAGGGAUCAGUGGCAUGUACUUCCAACGUAUCUUCCACAAUGCCGUCGUGAUGCCUGAGGGCAACGUCCUUAUUGUUGGUGGUCAGGUAUACGGACAGCCAUUCUCUGACGACACUGCUCAGUUGACGCCCGAAAUCUGGAUUGCCGCUACUGGGCAUUUCAUCACGCUCCCCCUAUCAAUGUUGCCCGUCGGUGGUGGUGGUCUCUGUGGUGGCUGCAACACCAACCAUUUCGACGGACAAGUUUACAGCCCGAGAUAUCUCUUUAAUGCUGAUGGAUCCCGUGCUGCUCGGCCUAACAUCAAUUCGGCUACCGGUCAAGUCACUCCGGGCGGUACGAUCACUGCUACAACUAGCGUCCCAGUCUCCGCCUGGUCCUUGGUUCGUCUCGGGUCGACAACCCACACCGUCAACACCGAUCAGAGACGUAUCCCUCUCACUGCCACUAACAAUGGUCUCACCUAUACCAUGGUUGUGCCCAACGACUAUGGUAUUCUCAUUCCUGGUUACUACUACUUGUUCGCUAUCAACGGCCAAGGUGUGCCAUCCGUCGCGAAGUAUGUUUUCGUUCCCAGGUAA